AUGUACGACGACCUUCUACGUCUGGAGCUGUCCGGGAAGCGUGCGGACAUUAUCGGAUUUGCGGAUGAUGUGGCGUUCACCCAUAUCGGAAGGGACCCACAGGAAAUCAGCACCCAUGCUACGAGGAACCUGGAGAUGAUCGAACGUUGGAUGGACGGAGUGGGUCUGAAGCUGGCCCAUCAAAAGACCGGCUACAUGAUCUUCUGCACACAUCACAACCCGCAACCCGGCAUGGGUUUCUCCGGAGCUACCUCGUCGAGGAAGGCAUCCGCGACGGCUCGCCAAACUGCCCGGUGUGUGAACACGACGUGGAAGAUGUCGACCUCGUAA